AUGGCCACGCCCAGUCUGCAGGAUGGCGGAGGAGCAAUGUUAACAAAGAAGGAGCUAGCACAGGACUGUCGCCUCCACAGCUCUAUGCAGAUGUAUGCUAAUGCACUGCUCUGGUGGAGGAUUCGCAGGAAGACGGCGAGCCGCUGCACGCUCGAUGAAUUCAUCAAGAGAGAAAUGAAGCAGAACUUCACACCAGGAGUCCCGCCUGUGAUCGCAGCUCUCCAACAGCUCUGCCUGGGCAUUCGCAGGAGCUGA